AUGACCCGUCGAAGUUUGGCACUGGCGACUGGCUCGGAUAUUGCCGAGGAAGGAGAUCCCGAGGAUACCACCACUGCCGCCUCUACUAUCGGUACAGACCAUGCGACUGCAAAUCACCCCGAGAAAUGGUGCAUUUCCUUUGAGCAGCUCUUGGAGAUUGCCGCAUUGGCGGAACAACACUUUGGAUCCGACCGAUACCCGCGACAGACCAUGCGGGAUGUCUGUCGGGAAAUUGUGGUGCCGCAGUGUGCUCGUACGGGCAAGUCGUUUGCCUUGGGACUCAAUCCACAAGGUCUGGAUAUUGGUGCCUAUGUCACACACAGCUGGGAUGGUUAUUUUGCCGAGUUUGUGGCAUCGAUAGUGACCGCCUUCAAGUGCAAACCUCGCAAACCCAAUCUCUGGAUUUGCAGUUUUUCUCUGAUGCAAAGUGACAAUGACAAAGUGAUCCAGAAUCAAAUUCAUACCAGUGAAGGACUCGCCCAAACGCCAUUUGCCAAAGCCAUUUCCAAAGCCCCACUCUUUGUCUGCAUUCGCAAUUCCCAAUGUUGUCUCUUUGGACGAAUCUGGUGUGUGGCCGAAGUCUUUUUUGCCAAACAGUACGGAUUGUUUCCCGAUCAUACAUUUGUCUCCGGGCCCAAUUACUUUGCUCAUGUACACAUGAGUUGUGUCGAUGCCAGAGCUACUAAAACCCAGGACAAACUCUUGAUUCUGAGAACGCUCCUCCAAAAAGAAGGAGAUGCCGAAAAGGUGGAUGCCAUUAUUCAAGAAUUCCGAUCGCACGAAACUCCCAAUCCGCCAGCAACUACUACAACAACAACCAACAUGACCCAUCAUCGAUCCCAGCAAGAAAUUGUACGACAUUUUCUCCCUCUACUCCCCAAACACGGCAGCGUCUAUCGGAAAAUCAGCAAAGCAUUCAUACGAAGAGGCAUAAAAGGAGAGUACAUUACGACUACCAUUGGUGGUGUCAAGGAAACCGAUUAUCAAGUUCAAAAUGACACCUCGUGGAUUGUCUGUGGUGUGGCGGGAGAAUGUUAUGUCUUGACGCAACAACAAUUGGAGACCAACUACGAUGUCGAGAAUCCGAACGAAGUGCCAUUUUCCCACCGCCGACUUCGCAAGGAAGGAUACCAAGAAUAUUGCUCCAAACGCAAGGCGUGGGCGUAUCAAGUCACGCAGUACGAUUUGGAUUGGUUCUUGGCGGCGUCUCCUCCUUCUAGCAGUCAUGAGGAGGACACGUCGUUUGCCUGGGGGGAAGCACCCUGGGGAUCCUUGAUGCGCAUCGAACCGGGAGAUUAUCUCUUGACGACGUAUCCGCUGGCCAAUGAUGGGGUCUAUCGGUGCGAACGGAUCGUCUUUGAAGAAACAUAUGCCGAAGACGACGACAAGGCUAGUGAACAAAAACAACAAACAUGGUGGAACUACAAUACACUUCUUCUCGCGAUUGGGGGCGUUGUGGUGGCAGGGAUUGCAGCGUGGCGAUCACGUCGGCAGUAAUGUGCACAGACACGUUGUGUCUCUCACGUCCACAAGACCAUGAGCACCCCCCAAAUCGAUUCGAAUCAGUUGCAUGGAACGAGAAGGAUCUCAAUGAGGCCCACGGCGGCACCCGUAAUUGCCCUCGUGCUAAUCGUGCAUGGGAUUGAAAGCCUUUCGCCUUUGGAGUUGGCCAAGCAAGUCAAGUGAGCUGUCCAGGACAGUGAUACCGGUACGACCCGAAACAAGACAUCAUUAAAUUUGUUCCCAUUGUUCCUACCAGGUUUUGUGUGGUUCCAAAUCAAAAGCUACCAAAAAUCAUGAAUUCCAAGCUGCACAGGAGGAUCAAACAAAAUGCUCCUGGAUAGGGUGGCUGAAGCACCGGUUGAACCACGAUGAUGGUAGAUGCAUGUACUGCUUGAGAACAUGCUACUGUUGCGCUGAGAUUGUGCUUCUCCAAAUUGACUAAUAUGAAAUUAUUGGGCACCUUCAGGCUGAUUGAUCGAGCGAUGGCUGGCUUUUUGUUUUGUGUCUACUGCUUGGCUUCGUACUGGCGUAGGAUCAGGGGAAAACUGUCUAGAGGAAGGGGGCAGCCGUGAAUUGCGAUUCCAUUCCAUUGUGUCCAUCCAUCCCACAAGACCACGAGUAUCCAAAAUUGCACCCAAGCAACUGCAUAUUUGAAAGAAUACAUACAUGAUGUUUCAGUUGAGGUAACAACUGACAUGCAACGACGAGAAGGGCCUCGGGCUUGGCAAAACAAAACGCACCCGCCCGUGCUGUGUCAAUGUUGUGCUUCUCCUUUUCGUUCCCACUCCAUAAUGAGCGGACGGCCGACAGCGUAAGCGUUGCAUGCACGAGCCCAGGUGCUAGUCGUGCAUGGGGUCGUUUCGGGUCUUGAGUUGGCCAAGUAAGCGCGCUUCAUUCCCCAAAUGGUGUGCAAUUCGUCUCUGGAGAGCUUGGAAUCUUGGUUCGUGCCAGACAUUGAAGAAAUAGGCGUGGGGGAGACGCCGCCAUGGCUGUCGUUCUACCAUUUUUUCGAGGCAAUCCAGUGCCUGUGAGGUCUCCCCCUUCAUGGAUAACACACCGGCCAUGUUGUAAAGGGCAUCCGCAAUUUCAUCAUGCUGAGUGGCCAGUUUGAGAGCCAAAGAAAGUUCGCUUUCGGCUUCGUCGAGCCGACCAAGUCGCUUGAGUAUGGCAGCGUGAUAGGUAAUCAGCCGAGCCUUUUCGUUGGGUGGCAGGUAGUCUGGCAUGGUAGCUUUGCAGAGCGAAUAGUAAUACAAAGCCUGCUUGUCGGAUUCUCUGCCGUUGCGUCUAUUUGCAUGGUGGAGACCCUGAAUGAAAUAGUCUUCCCAAUCCUGUUGCUGUUCCGCAGCUCUAUUGAUGUUGUUGUUUGGUACAUUUUCAAGGUUUCGAACCUUUUCCAAGACUUCUUGAAGCAUUUCUCGGUCGGAGAGUUUCUUACCUGCGCCCCCUUUCUGAUCGUCGGUGGCAGCACUCAUCUCCUGGAUAGACUGAAUACGCGCCUGGAGAGUCGGCCAUAAGGCGGCAAACUUUUUGUUCAGGGCUACUUUGGAGGGUUCUGCACUUUCGUCUACCGCCAGAGAUUGGUUCGCCGCCAAAGCCAACUCCCAGAAUCCUUGACGGUCCGACUCGACGGCCUGAAACUGAGCCAAGGGAAAUGUCAAUUCUGCCUUUCGCAACCCGACCAACAAGGGUAUCACUCUGCCAAUCUUGGCAUUGCCUUCAGUUCCAUUCUUAUUGUUGGCCAUCAUUAGAGCUCCGGCCUCAAAAAGGAUCCAAGGUGACUGGAGAUUUUCCGGAGUCAAGCAAAGGAUGCCAAAUUCAGCCUCUUGCAUGCUGCUUUGGAGCUCUCCAACCCACCACUGUCCUGCUUCCACACUGCGUGCGGACAUCCAUGGUUCCGCAUUCGGUAACAAGUCUUUGAGCCAAUCAAACAUUAUCAGAGCGACCUUCUUGCUUCGUUCGCCGGACCAAGAGACAAACACCUUCAUUCUCAAUAGAUACUGGUAGCCACACGGAAAGAUACGGAUAUGUUGGUGGUUCUGCGGCUGUUGAUUUGUUGUCAGGGUGGGUCAAGGGUCAAGGGGUCCGUUUUGGAUCCCCGACUGGCUAGUAUCCACGAUUCAAUAGAUUCUUCUGACACAGUGAUCUGGUAGCUAAGGUAAACAAUUUUUUUGAUCC